CUCGACUACAUGUGAAUCGGAAUUGUCCUCAAUAACAGUAGAAGUUGCUGAUAACAGUACUUUAUUACCGAAAAGAAAUGGCUUCUUGGCAGUCAGAAAUUAAGGCUAUUUCCAAUUCGCUAAAACAUAUUUUAGAAUUCAGUGACUUCUCAGACGUGACUUUUACCUUUGGAGAUCCACCUAAUCGGAAAAAAAUCAAAGCUCAUAAAUUAAUUCUGGCUAUGAGGAGUGAUGUAUUUCAAAGUAUGUUUUAUGGAUAUUUACACGAAAAAGAUAGAGAAAUAUUUAUAACAGAUAUAAAAGAAAAUAUUUUCGAAUUUAUGCUAAAAUAUAUAUACACUGACGAAUUACAAUUGGAAUCACCUGAGGAAAUUAUCCAAGUCUACUAUGCAGCUCACAAGUAUCACAUUCCUCAACUUAUGUAUUUGUGUAGAGAAAAGAUUCAAUCGAAACUUAGUGGGAAUAAUGCUUGUGAAAUUUUUCAAGUGGCUCUACUUCUCGAAGACGAAACUUUGUUAAAUAAAUGCGAAGCGAUAAUUCCGAGAUAUACAAAAGAAGUAUUGGAAUCAGAAUCGUUCGUAAAACUUUCCGCCGAUGCAUUAAAAUAUCUAGUUCAGCAGAAUAAAUUAAAUGUUUCAUACGAAUCAGAUAUAUACAAAGCAAUAUUAAAAUGGGCCAAAUAUCAGGUGAGUGAUGACACCCAGCAACAGUCAAUAGAAGAGGAAGAGGAAGAGAAUGAAGAAGAGUCGUUGAAUAAAAACGUCAAUACUCAAAAAGAAAACUGUAAGCAAAUUAGAUCUUUGAUGAUUGCUUUCCUCCCAUAUAUUAAGUUUCUCAGUAUGAAUUUAGAAGAGUUUUUUAAAUUGCCUGAUUUGCUAAAAAUAUUUUCGAAAAAAGAAAUUGUACACGUAGCCAUGAAUAUUAUAAAACCUAGAGAAGUUCCUUUACCGUUUUGGUGUAGUGAGGAAAGAAAAAAAUAUUUUAUGAAAGGAAGAGCAAUAGAGAUAAGAACAUUUCAUGACGCAUUUGAAAUUUAUAAACUCUGCAAAAGGUAUAAAAUCAAACUGUUGGAAGAAGAUUCAAAGAACUACAUCAUGGCAUCAAGUACAGAAUUCAUAACAAAAAUUUAUGACGCUGCCGUAAGAUUCGGAGAUUUGGAAUUUGAAUAUUAUUGCUGGAAACAGUUUCGAAAAUUUACCGAUCAACGUAUUAGAGGAGAAGACUUUAUUUAUUCGGGAAAGAAAACAAUCGAAAGAUUUGUGAAUUGUCCGAUUUACUCCAAUUUAUCUGAAGUCUCCUUGUUUAGGGGAUUGUAUGAAUGGGCUAGAAUGAGAGUUUUAAACAAUGGCUUUCUCCCAGAAGCCAAACUUAUUAGAUAUGAAAUGGAACCAUUUCUAUCUAAGAUAAGAUUCUUGAGUAUGACGCGCGAAGAAAUUGAAGAGAUUGUUCAGACAAAAAUAUUGAAGGAUAAUGAAAUAGAAGAAAUAAUGUCUAAAACUAUUUCCCCCAUAACAUCCUUACCUGCCAGUAUAUGUCAAAAUGACAAGAAGAGAACGCUUCUCGAAUAUUCCAAUUUAUUUCGUUACUAUAAUAAGCAUGGGUAUCCUAAAAGUCUGGAACGAUUACUGACUAAAAAGGAUAUGUUCUUUUGCGAAUUAUCAGUUACGUCAAGAGCUUUCCCACUUAAAUUUCUUCUUCCUAUAAAUCAUUGUAAUCCAGCUAUGCUUUUAGUUAAUAUAAAUUUUUACAAGUUAAAAAAACUAAAAACGAUUCACCUAGUCUCCACAACUGGACAUUCUUCCCAAAAUGGAGAGAUAAAUCUAUAUUCUCCUGUUAUAGCUUUAGAAAGUGCAUCUCAUUAUUUAAUUACAGUAAAAUUUUCUCCUAAUAUGAUUGAUCCUGAAAAUAAAAUUACUAUAAUGAGAACUGCUCAGAACGAAACGAUAAUGAUUUUAACUAGUGAUGGAAAAGAAAUAAAAGUAAACAAAUCUUAUCUUCGUGACAAAAGCGAGAUAUUUCGUCAAAUGUUAGCAAAUAAUAGAAUAUCGAGAAUCAGAGUGAAAGAAUGCCACAAAAAUUUCUUAACUUUACUCAAGUAUAUAAGCCUAGAAAGAGUACAGGUACAUCCCCGAUCAUUUCAAGAAGCAUUUGAAAUGUAUAUAGGCCUAGAAAGAGUAGAGGUACAUCCCCGAUCAUUUCAUGAAGCAUUUGAAAUGUAUAAAAUUGGCAGAAGAUAUAAAAUUAAGCAUUUAGAGGAAAAUUCGAAACGUCAUAUUAUGACAACAGGCACUGAAUUCUCUACCAAAGUUUAUGAUUCCGCUGUAAAUUUUAGAGAUGCUGAAUUAGAAUUUUAUUGUUGGAGACAAUUUCGACAAUAUACUCAUUAUCAUAUUGUAGGAGAAGAAUUUAUUCAUUCUGGAAAGAGAACAGUUGAAAGAUUUGUAACGUGUCCUAUCUACAUUACUUUAUCUGAAUUAUCUAUAUUUACUGGAUUAUAUCUAUGGGCUCGAAUGAGAGUUUUGAAUAAUGGCUUCCUUCCCGAUUCUGAUCUCAUUAGACAAGAAAUGAAACCUUUUCUACCUCAUAUCAGAUUUUUAUGUAUGACGUUGGAUGAAUUAGAAAAAGUUUUCGUGAAAAAUAUUUUGAACGAAACAGAAGUAAAGGAAAUUAAGAACUAUUUUAAUAAUCCUUCUGAUACUUCGUCCAUAACUAAUAUCUGUACUGACACGAAGAAAAGAACAAUGGAUAAUUACAUAAAUUUAUUUCACUAUCAUAACCAUCGUGAUUUUUUUAUAAACGAGGAAAGAUUACUGACUGACAGCCAUAUGUUCUUUUGCGAUUUAUCAGUUCAUGCAAAGUGUUUUCUGGUUAAACUGUAUCUUCCCAUACAUCAUAAUGCUAAUGAAAAUACGCUUUUGGUUGCCGUUAAAAUUUAUCAAAUAAAAGAAGAAAAAGAAGCUUGCUUAACAUCAAUAUAUUCAUAUUGCGGACCUACAGGUGAAGUAAAUAUAUCUCCAUCUGCAAUAGUUUUCGAAAAAUGUUGUCGAUAUAUAAUUAGAGUAAAUUUUUCUCCCUUAGCGAUUACACCUGAAAAUAGAAUUACUAUAUCAACGACGGCUCAUUUUUAUGCCAACAAUUCUGAUGUGUUUAGUGAAGUUUGUAAUAAAUUAUAUCUAAUUACAAAAUUGUUUUUUUAAAUCUUAUAAAAUUUUGUAAUUGAAGCUUUCCCUGUUCAAUGGGAUUUUAUAUACAGACGUUAUUUAAUUUAAGAUGAACAUUAAUUUUAAAAAAAGUUAACUUUACGACACAAGAGUUAAUUUUCAUGUGGAUUUUAGUAAAAGAAAUAACGAAAUUAUUUUUAAAUCUUUUAAAUUUUUUUUUUAUUUUCAAACUUCCUAACGAAAGAAUCGAACUUUAAAGUUUGCAUUUAAUAUUUGUUGUAUACUUCUUGUUGCUUGUUUGUAUACUUUUAUU